AUGACGUCGGACUUCUGGGAUCACCCUUACUACAAACCCGCGAGAAUUUGUACAAGUAUUGUUGGACAGUGGCCACAACAAACGAAACAACAACUUAUUUUACAUCGUUCUGUACUAUUUUCUAUCGUAACUCUUCAAAUUACAUCGAGGGUGUUAGCUGUUAUAAUAAAUAGUGAUGACCCGGAGGUACUCGUUGACGCCAUUGGGCCUCUCAUAAUUGACGUCGUCUUUGCGAUAAAAUUAGGAAACAGUUGUUAUCAUUUCAAGAAGAUGAAAUUUUUAUCAGACAAAAUUCAGGAGAAUUGGAAUAUAUUUGCACCGAAUAAUGGUCUUCAGCAAUUGCACUACCACAGUAAUUUUGGACGACAAAUAUCAACGUUAUAUCUAGUCGGUGUGUAUAUGGGUACUGUUAGUUUCACGACAGAACCUCUGCAGCAGAGAAUGAUAUAUCCUUUGCUAUACCCCAACUUGACGAUACCAAAACGAUUUCCAACGCCCAUGUACUUUGGAUCCCUCGACCUCGACACCUACUAUUACCCUUUAUUCUUCAUGUCCACCUUGUGCACAUUUCUCGUAAUGACUGUUGUGGGAUCCUGUGACGUGCUCCUCUUCAUGUACGCUGAGCACGCGUGCGGCUUGUUCAAAGGAUUAGGAUAUGCCAUUGAGAAUCUUCCACCGCAGGAGGAUAAUGAGACCAGUGAUUUGGGAUUUUAUUAUUUGAGAAGCUGCGUUGUGGUGCAUAAACGGGCGAUAGAGUUUGCAGAAGGUAUCAGAGAUAUUUACCUCUGGAAUUUUUUCGGGGUUAUCGGCCUCAACAUGAUCCUCAUGAGUGUUACUGGAGUACAGGUUGUGACGAACCUAGAUGCUAUGGAGAAAGUGGUGAAAUACGCUGUCUUCGUGUUCAUGCAGAUGGUGCACCUCUUCAUCGAGUGUCUGGCAGCCCAGAGGCUGAUGGACGCCAGUUUCGAGCUCAAAGAAACCCUAACCAACGCAAAGUGGUACAUGGCAUCCAAGAAAACCCACAAGUUGAUUCUUCUCAUGCUGAUGCGGAGUCAAAUUCCCAUUGUACUGAGUGCUGGGAAGAUGAUUGUCAUGAAUAUGGACACAUAUGCCAUUGUAUUAAAGACAGCGGCUUCUUACUUCACAGUCUUCUUAGCAAUGCAGUGAGUAAUUCGAUAAUUUGAAAUCGUCUGCAUGGAAUCAGAUAUGAUA